AUGACGCCAGAAAUGUUUAUCUUUGAAAGUGUUCUUCAUCUAACCGAUGUCCUCUCUUUGUUGCAGCAACCAACAACCAACACCGUGGAGGAGCCUCUGGAUCUGAUCCGGCUCAGUCUGGACGAGAGGAUCUACGUCAAGAUGAGGAACGACCGGGAGCUCCGAGGUCGACUGCACGCGUACGAUCAGCACCUGAACAUGAUCUUAGGGGACGUGGAGGAGACGGUGACGACGGUGGAGAUCGACGAGGAGACUUAUGAAGAACUGUACAAGUCGACCAAAAGGAACAUCCCGAUGCUUUUUGUCAGAGGAGACGGCGUCGUCCUCGUAGCCCCGCCCCUCAGGGUCGGCUAACCCGGGUUGUUUGUGUGUUUGUACCAUGAUGAGAAGGUUUGUGACACGACGGUUCAUCUCCAACGCCGUCCUCCUCUUUGACCCCAGAGUCAGAUCCGACGCAGGAUUUCACUUCCACACAUCAAACGGAGUACUUAAGUUUGGACUGAGGAGACUUUCUGAUCCUUUUUAUUUUGUUAAAUGAUGUUUUAGUUGAUUUCAGAAUAAUUAAUUAUCUGAGUUUAUUCCUCUCCAUCAUCAUAAAGAAAAAAAAGACUCUUUUCUUUCUUCUCCUCUCAGGUUUAGUGUCGUCUUAUUUCCCAUCUCUGCGAGUGUCUCAGACUUCAGACUGAGCCGAGGAGUCACAUGACUUUGAUUUAAAAUGUCUUCAGUAAACUUUUGUUCUCAUCAAA